CUCGGUCCCUCGACCUACUACGUCCUCAACAUGCCCUCGCUCGUGCGCCAAGUCUUCGCGCAAAAAGCUGCCGUGCUCUCGAAGGAGAAGAUCCUGUACUGGUUCAUGCGCGUCGCGUUCGGCGACGGCAACGCCGCGCGCACGGAGCACGCCGCCUUCCACGCGAGCCACAAGGCGCUGAACCUCAUGCUGAAGGACGAUUUCGUGGGCGAAGCGACGGGGAAGACGGCGAGGGCGGUGGGCCUGAAGGCCGGGAGCUUGGUCACGUCGAAAGCGAACGGGGGGCUGGAAGCGUGGGAGAAAGCGGGGGGCGUGACGUUCAACGCAGACGGGAGUGCGGACGCGGAUUUCUAUGGGUUGGCGGUGCAUUAUGUGGGCCAGGUGGUGAUUGAUAUGCUCUAUGGGAAGGCGUUGAUUGGCAACAAUCCGGAGCUGCAGAAGGAUUUGUGGAACUUUGAUGAGGGGGUGCAUCAUCUGGUUUCGUCGCUCGGAGCGUUCACGGCGGCUGGAAGAAGGGCGAAGGCGGCGAGGAAGGCGCUGGUGAAGGCGAUGGAGGGGUGGCAUAAUGCCAUGGCUGCGGUGCAGAGGGGUGAGGAUCCUGGGCCGGAGUAUCAGGAGUUGGAUGAUGUGUCGGAGGUGAUGCGGUUGAGGGUGAAGAAUUGGGUGGAAAACGGCGCGUCGACGAAAUUGCAAACGACGAAUGAUGUUUCGGUCCUUUGGGGCGUGAACGUCAAUUCGAACAAGAACAUCUUCUGGAUGCUGCUCCAGAUCUACGCGCAGAGGGAGUUGCUCGCUGAUAUCCGGGAAGAACUCGUGGCGUAUGUGAAGGUGUCGUCAACUGGCGAAUGUGGAGCGAACGGGUUCCCGAAAUUAGAUAUCGAUGUCGAUGGGCUUUGCAAGAAUUGUCCGUUGAUCAAGGCGUCAUUUUACGAGACGAUGAGGAUGAAUAUGUCAGGGUUGGGGAUCAGACAGGUCAACAAGGACCUCAUAUUGACGGAGUCUGCCGAGGAUGCAGCAAUGUUCGGGAAGAAGAAGCCACAAUCGUACCGCAUCCCCGCUGGAAGUUCGCUCGUUCUCGCCAACGGGACGAUGCAGCAGGAUCCGCGGAUCUUCGAGGAGCCUGACAAGUUCCGACCGGGGAGAUUCAUUGAAGGGAACGGUAAAGAUGAACCUGUCCGCGUCAAUAUGAAGAAUCUGCAUACGUUUGGAGGGGGGUUGUACAAGUGCAAAGGGCGUUAUUUUGCUGAGAAGGAGGUGCUGAUAUUUGCGGCGAGUAUCUUGGUGAUGUGGGAUUUGAGGCCGGCAGAUGGUAGCGAUGCUCUCAAGAUUCCAGAUAUGGGUCUCGCGGGCGCAUCGAGGUCUCCAGUGGCCGACGUCCGGGUGCGGUUGACACGGCGUUACUCGUGA